CGCCUCAAUUUAAAUAAUACCCUCAACUCUCCUGUUGCAAGUCUCGCUGAAUUAAUACUCCUCAAACGUUGCCACUUCACCAUGCCUACCACUAUGUACUUCGUGCGCCACGCGCAAGGGUUCCACAAUCUCACAGCGGCAAACCACUCCAUGCCCGACCCCCUCCUCACAAAGCACGGAGAAUCCCAAUGCGCCGCCCUCGCCGCCUCCUUCCCCCACACCGAGCGCAUCACACACCUCGUCGCCUCCCCCCUGCGCCGCACCAUCCUCACAGCCCUCCUCUCCUUCCCGUCGCUAGUCGAGCCCCCCAAGUCCCUCAAAAUCCUCGCCCUCCCAGAACUGCAAGAGACGAGCGAUGCACCCUGUGACACUGGCAGCGCGCCCGAGGUCCUCGAGCACUACUUCGGCCUCGGGCAAUGGGCUGGGAAAAUUGACCUCUCGCGCGUGGAGGAGGGGUGGAACGUCAAGGGUCCCUCGAGUCCGUGGAGUCCUGCGCCGGAGAAGGUCGAAGCGCGGGCGGCUGUAUCGCGGCGCUUUUUGCAGGAGCUAGGGCAGGAGUAUGAGGAGCGAACGGGGCAGGAGGCCCAUAUCGCGGUUGUGACGCACGGGGGGGUUUUGCACUUUAUAACAGAGGAUUGGACGGGAUUUCACAAGGUGAAGGGGACGGGGUGGGAGAAUACCGAGUGGCGCUCUUAUGUGUUUGGGGAGGGGGAGAAGCAAGAGACUCUCGUGGAGACGGGGGAGAGUUCUAAGAGGCGGGCUGGGAGCAAGAUUCCGUUGACGGCGGAUGAGGAGAGGGAGUUGAAUGCGAGUAUUGGUGGGCUGAAAAACUGAGGUUUCUGGGAUAUGAUAUUGGGAGUGUGAUAGUGGCAGUGUCGGCGCUUUUGAGCAAUUGUGUUUUCUGCGAUGAAUAGAUAACACCAUAGACAGGCUCUGGGAUAGAACAAUAGAACAAUAGUC